GGGCGGAGUGAGGGCCGGAAGCACCGGGCGGGAGUCUUCAUCCCUAAUCCUCAAUUUUCGUGGAGUGUACCUGGCAAACUGAUGAUUUUGUGAGACGUCUAAUCUCUAGUCGCUCACCCCUCUACUUUACCACAGGGCUAGAAAUCGAUUUGAGGAAAUCUGCUACCAAUGAGCGGGCGGGGAGACAACCCCAACGCUGUUUUCUCUCUUUGCGGAAGCUGUGUCCUGGCCUCCUCAGUGUGGUGUUCGUUUGCUUUUUCUCCACACCUUCUCUAGCCGCCUUGUUUUUAUCGUUUUCCGCACCUGCCCUUCCGCACCUUCCCCAGCGCCCCCACUACCCCAAGCACCAUGUAUGACCGGGCUCCCCGCCUGCUCAAACUGGCUGAAGGUGGCAGCACUGAGGCCCAUGUGGGUCCUGGAUCCUACCAGGUACCUUUCCUGAAGCAGCAGGCGACAGGUAGUUAUGCACCAUUUCUUUCUUUGACUGCCAGAGAAAGUACUUUUACCAGUGCCUCUAGCAUUGAGAAAGCUAUUCCAGGUCCAGGACACUAUAAUGUUUCAGAAGCCCAGUGUAAUAUAAAAGGAGGCCAUAGUCUGCAAAACCGGGAGAAACGUUUUAAGAAGUUUAUUUCAGAUAAUCCAGGACCGGCAAGCUAUGAUCAGUCUUAUCCUAGAACACAAGAUAUCAUGAACAGAAAAGUAUUAGAGGCCAAAGAGCAUCUUCAGUCAAAAAUUUCAAGCACACCUGCACUUACCAGAAAUGUUGAUGUUCCUUCAAUUCCUUCUUAUGGAAAGUCAUAUGGUUAUCAUCUUAAUGAUGAUGGCAGUAUUAUAAAACGUCUUCCACCUGCUAGUGACAAUACACUUGGUCCAGCAUAUUACAAACCUCAAUUUGGAUUUGUUGUCAUCCCUAUCCAGCUGGUAGUAGAGGAUGGGGAAUUAUGUGUUGGAAGUUUUUGUAGGCCAGGCUUGGAGUUAUAGCCAGUCACAUGGCCAUACUUAACUGCCAAGGAGGCUGGAAAAUAUAGUCUAUGUAUCUCAGAAGAAGAAGAAAUGGGUGUAAAUUGCUAGGAGUCUCUGCCACAAUGUAUAAUCGUAAGUAAUACAUAGAAAUUCUUUUUCUGAAUUUGAAAAGAAAAAAGAACAUUUUUUUAAAAGAAUUGGAAUCUGAGAAUGUAAACAUCAUUUAUUCCAGAAAUGAUUAUUUUAAAAAAAUGAUAAGGUGCUUUUCUCUGACUGAAAUAUCAAUUAUAAUAUAGCUAAUUCAUCUCAUCUAGAGUUUAAAUUUCAAGCCUGACCAGAGUUGUCAAGAUUUCAUUCAGACAAUUGAAAUGUAUGUGUUAUCCAUGAAUAUAGACAAUGAAUAUAGAUGGUAUGUCUGGUUUUACUCAAUUAUAAGACAGAAAUCAUAGUACUUUGAACCAAUGGUAUUUUUAUACUUCAAUGAGAUAUAGAAGAACUAAUUCUAGUUAGGAAAAUUCUAAAAGUAAGCAUAGGUUUAAGGAAAGGCUUAAGGAGACAUCUUGGGUAAAGAAGAGGCAUUCUCAGUAUUGAUCUUGACCUUUAUUCCCAAUAUUCUAUAGUUAUUUGUUGGCAUAUGACUCCAUCUUUGGGCUUAGACUUAAGCACCUUCAAAAACCAUUUGGUUUGUGGCAGUAGGUACACUGGGAAGUUUUGGGGGUUUUAGAUCCUUUGAGCCAUUAACAUCUUUUUUCUUAAAAUCUUUUAAUUAUAACAUGUAUCAAACACAUAGAUAGUAUGAAAAUAAUAGUAUAUCCCUAUGUAACCAUCACACAGAUAAAACACAUGUUAAAAUUUCAUCACGUUGGAAUUAGCUUUAUUUUAAAAGAAAUGUGUUAUUACAAUGUUUGCACAAUUCUCCUGUCUUUAUUCCUCUCCUU